GCAAUCUGGAGAAUCCAAUGAUACUUCAUACUCAUAGGAGUACUCCUCUAGACCCAAAUGAGACCAAACUCAUUUUCGGACCGAAAAUAAAAUACUCAGCUCCUGCUCUCUCUUCACAGAUAAUAAAGUAUAAACACUCCCUCACCGGAAACUCAUAUCCGGAACCUCCGUCAGCUUCUCCGACCACAAUGUACUCAACACAAGAACUUAAUUAAGUGACGCCCUCUUUCAGGCCUGUAUGUAAAUUACAUGUUUCCGGGCAGCGUCCGGUAUUGCAUUGCGUUGUCGAAUUUCCAGGACGGCUGCUUCAUAUUUGAAUGCCAUUACAGUGCAGAGGCCUAAAGUGAUUGCCAUUAGCCUAGUCCUAUCUCAAUAUGAUUUUGAGAGGGAGGCCCUUUUUUUUGCUAUGGAUAUGUCUCGGUCUCGGGUUCUUGUUUUCUCGGGUUGCAGUAUCACAGAUUCAACUGGGUUCAAGAAUUUCUGUAGGGGAAAACAACUAUUGGGUGUCCUCCAAUGGGGAUUUCACAGUUAAAUUCUAUAACCGCUCAAAUGGGCAUAGUGCUGGCAUCCAUUUUAAUUCACUAUCUGUCCCUCCUAGUGGACAGACGGUAGUUUGGAUUGCAGGGGGUGACCUCACAGUUGGGGAAGGGUCGUAUUUUGAGCUUACUAAAAAGGGAGAACUAGUUCUGUUUGAUUCUUUGGUAGGAGCAAUUGCUUGGACAAGCCAAUCUGCCAACUCAUCUGUUACUUCAGCUGUUCUUCGUGACAAUGGUAACCUUGUCCUGCUAAACAGACAGAAUGACAUUGUUUGGCAAAGCUUUGACACCCCAUCAGAUACUCUUCUUCCAGGUCAGAAUUUAUCCUCCUCCCAAACUCUUCGAGCUGCAAGUGGGAAUUCUGUUUCGAGUUAUUACAGUCUUAGACUCAACAAAUUGGGGCAGUUGCAACUAAAAUGGGAAAGUGAUAUCGUAUACUGGACUAGUGGAAGCCACUCUGAGUCAUUUCUAAGAGCUGUACUUAGUCCUGAUGGAGCUCUUCAACUUUUGGACCAAAAUUCUAAAUCUGUUUGGUCAGUUUAUGGUGAUGAUCAUAAUGAAUCAGAUGUAAAAUAUCGAAUUUUGAGGCUGGAUGUUGAUGGGAACCUUCGGCUAUACUCGUGGAUAGAAGCUGCAAGAUCUUGGAGAUCAGGGUGGCACGCUGUUAGCGAUCAGUGUAAUGUCUUUGCAACCUGUGGCCUUAAUGGUUUAUGUCUGUACAACUCAUCUGGCUCCGCAGUUUGCAAAUGUCCAUUUACACUGACAAGUGAUGUAAAUGCGAAAUGUUUGGUUCCAUAUCAACAUAAUUGUCGGUCUGGUUCCUCAAUGUUUGCCUAUAACCACACCUUCCUCUAUGGUGUUUAUCCACCUAACGAAACAAUUGUGCAUUCUAGUUUGCUGCAAUGUAAAAACUUAUGUCAGGAAAACCCACUUUGCACUGCUUCUACCUUCACAAAUGAUGGUAGUGGACAAUGCCGGCUGAAGCAAACUCGAUACAUCAGUGGUUACUUGGAUGACUCUGUAAGUUCCACAUCUUUUGUUAAAAGAUGUUCAGAUCCUCUCGCUGUAUUGCCAGUAUCCCCAAAACCUCCACCACCCUCAGCAAAAAAUUCUCAACAAAAACAAUCACACAAGUUUUGCAUUCCUUGUCUGAUAGGAGCAACUGGAGGAACAAUAGGCACCUUUUUAAUAUUUCAGAUUGGAGUAGCCAUUUGGUUCUACUUCAUAAGGAACUCAUUCAGGCCUAAAGCUGCUUCAGCUUAUUCAGGCCCUCUUCCAAAAAGUUUUUCCAUGUUUCCGUACCUCGAAAUCAGGGAAAUUGCUGAGGAUUUUAAACAUCAAGUUGGACCUAUGACGUUUAAAGGAAUGCUUCAUAACAAACUGCCAGUUGUAGUCAUAGCCCUGAAUGCAACGUUAGAGGAAAGGAAAUUUCGGAGUGCUGCUUUAGUUUUAGGAAGCAUUCAUCACAAAAACCUUGUGAAGCUGGAGGGCUAUUGCUGUGAAUCAGGUCAUAGAUAUAUGGUUUACGAGUUCUCCAAGACGAAAACACUUUUGAAGUGUUUAGAAGAUCCCAAGAUGUGCACUAGACUGACUUGGAGAAAGAGGAUGAACAUCUGCAUAAGUGUCGCAAAGACCAUUUCCUACUUGCACUCGGGGUGCAGAGAGUUUGUAAGUCAUGGAAAUUUAAAUUGUGAAACCGUUCUCUUAGAUGAUUGCCUAGAAGUCAAAGUAAUUGAGUAUGGUUUAGGUUGUUUGGAGGCGUCAAUUGAUGGUGGAUGUGCCGAGAUGGAUGUUAGAGAUUUUGGGAAGAUAGUGUUAACAUUAAUUGGUGGACUUGAACACCAAGACAGUGUUGAGUGCACUUACAAACACUGGUCGGAAUCUCAAUUUGACAGAAUAGUUGACAAGAGAAUGGGUAGUGGGGUGGAUACAGAUGAGUUAGAGCGUUCUCUGAGGCUCACAUUUUGGUGCUUGCAAGUUGAUGAACGCAUGAGACCUUCGAUGGGAGAGGUAUUGAAUGUGCUAGAGAGCGCUUUGGGAGUAGAUUCACCACCACCACCUUUUGCUGCCCGAACUCCACAGCCAAAAGAAUUAGAAGAGCCAUCAGAAUCAAAUUCAGCAGCAUAGGUCUCAGUGGAACUGCAACAUUGUUUUCUCACUUGAACUAACCUUGUUUAUAGUAGGCAGAAACUAAUUGCAACUUGAAAGCAGCAAGAAGGCAUGUCAUAAAGCAAGUGUAACAAUUAGUACCGGUAAUCUUCUCAAUUUUGUCCCAUAUUAAUUUAAGUUGUUUAGUACCGGAAGUCUGCCAUGUCCAUCUCCCAGCUAAAACGGGGUUUUGAGCCACUGCAGAUUGCAUAGUAGUGAAUCUGUCUUGAUAAAUUCUUGAUGUGUUGUUGCUUAAUUAAUGCAAAUACUUAUUCCAACUUGUUC